CACCUUUGGACCUGCAAACAGAGACGCCACGUCGGACUGAAGAGCUGCUGCAUCGCCGCCAUGGUCUCUGGAGGAGCCGAGGACGCGCCGUGAGGCCAUGGCGCUCGGCCGCGGCUCCAAGAAGUCGAUGUCAUGUGACCGGGGGGCCUCGCCCGCCCCUCCGCCCGACGGGGUAGAAGCUGGCGACCGAGCUGUGGCUCCGCCCCCCAGCAGGGCUCGCUCCUGCAAGUGCGUCCUGGCCUUCCUCGCCGUCGCCAUCGUACUCGCCGCCGCUGCGGCCUCGCUGGCCUGGUACUUCCUGGAGUACAGGGUGUGGGUGGUGGAGCCUCGGCUCCAGCGGCAGUACACGGCCUACCUGUCCAUCCUCAACAAGAACUUCUCUGCAGACCUGUCCUCUCACAGCAGCGCCGCGUUCAGGAGGGAGGCCCAGGAGGUGCAGCUCAUGGUGAAGAAGAUGAUUAUGGGCUCCGCUCUUUCUCGAUACCUCGACCACACCACUGUGUUCGCAUUCGGGCCGGGGAGCCUGGUGGCUCACUUCUGGCUGGUGAUGUCGGUGCCCGGCAGCCGCGUCGGGGGGGUCACCCUGGAGGAGGUGACCCGGAGCCUGGAGGAGGGCCUGAGGCGGUGUGGAGGGUCGGGGGAGGAGGAGACGGUGGUCUGCGGCGGGUACCGCCUCCUCCUCCCGUCGCUGUCCGUGGGAGAAACCGACUCCAGAGUCAUAGAGCUCAUGAAAGCCUCAUUUGACUGCUACAGCUACCAGAAGGUGGCGCCCGGCCGGCGCUCCGCCCUCCGCGGCCCCGACACGCAGCGCUCCUCCUGCAUGUGGCACCUCCAGGCCGGCCCGGGGGCCCAGCUGGAGCUCCACAUGGAGUGGCUGCUGCCGGAGUGCCGGGACCGGCUGGUGGUGUACGACUCCCUCACCCCCUCCGACUCCCGCCUCGUCACCUCGGUCUACGGCUGCAGCCGCCACGAGCAGCAGGUCAACGUGCUGUCUUCAGGCGAGUGGAUGACGGUGGUGUGGAAGCAGGGUCUGUACAACUACAAGGACCCCUUCUCCCUGUCUGCACAGGCCUGGGACCGUCAGGACUGCGGCUCCACCGUGCAGCUGAAGGCCGUGUCGGGGGUGCAGGGGACACUGAGGACGCCCUUCUUCCCCAGCUACUACCCCCCCGACACCAACUGCACCUGGAGCUUCACCACCCCCGCUGACGGGAUGGGGCUGUCUCUGGAAUUCGAGGGCUACGAGCUGAGCAGAGCCGGCUACAACCAGGCCUGCACCCAGGGGCAGUGGACCAUCCAGAGCCGCAGACUGUGCGGCUCCAGGGGCCUGCAGUCGUACAACGAACGCCUCUCCCUGCUCACCGCGGCGACCACCGUUGUCAUGACGUCCGAGGUGUCGCUCACCGGGCCGGGACUUCAGCUGCGCUACAGAGUGUUUAACCUGUCAGAUCCGUGUCCGGGUCAGUUUCUGUGCUCGGUGAACGGAUUGUGUGUUCCUGCAUGUGAUGGAAUCAAGGACUGUCCCAACGGACUGGACGAGAGGAACUGUGUUUGUGCGGCACAGUACCAGUGUCCAGAGGACAGUCGGUGUGUGGACUACUACAAAGUGUGUGACCAACUCCCAGACUGCCCCGAAGCAACGGACGAGAUGAACUGCACCGAUGGUGUGCGGUGCACAGAUAUGACCUAUGUGUGCGCUGAUGGGACUUGUCUAAAGAAGCCAAACCCGGAGUGCGACUUCGUCUCCGACUGCCCCGACGCCUCGGACGAGAAGCACUGCGACUGCGGCCUGAGGCAGUUCUCCAGCCGCAUAGUGGGAGGGGCCAAUGCCACGGAGGGGGAGUGGCCAUGGCAGGCCAGCCUUCAGGUGCGCGGGACACACAUCUGCGGGGGCGCGUUGAUCUCCAGCCAAUGGGUGGCGUCUGCCGCCCACUGUUUCUAUGACGACCGCCUCCACUCCCCCUCGCUGUGGACCGUCUACCUGGGCAAGCUGCUGCUGAACCCCAGCAGCCCCACGGAGGAGGUGACCCGGGUCCGGCGGAUCCUCCUCCACCCGUACUACGACGACGAGUCCCACGACCACGACCUGGCCCUGCUGCAGCUGGACCGGCCCGCCUCCGCCCUGCUGGCCGGACACGCCCGGCCCGCCUGCCUGCCGCCGCCCGCCCACCAGAUGGAGCCGGGCCUGCUCUGCUGGGUCACCGGCUGGGGGGCCCUGCGGGAGGGGGGCAUUGCCAGCAACGUGCUUCAGAAGGUGGACGUCCGCCUGGUCAGCGAAGAAGCCUGCGUUCGCACCUACGGCCACCUGGUCACUCCCAGAAUGCUUUGCGCCGGCUACCGGAGUGGAGACAAAGAUGCAUGUCAGGGAGACUCCGGCGGCCCCUUGGUGUGCCAGGAGCCGUCGGGCCGCUGGUUCCUCGCCGGCGUGGUGAGCUGGGGAAAAGGCUGCGGGCGCCCGGACCACUACGGCGUCUACACCCGCAUCAUCAGGCUCACCGACUGGAUCAAAGAGGUCAUCGGCAGCCCCUGAGACACUUUGUCUCUACGCGAGUGUCCUCUCAGGCCCGGGUACAGAAGCGUGAUCUUAAGAGUUUAUGUGAACAGGAGGCGGUGUUUUACUCCAAUCAUAAAAGUCAAUCAAUCAACUACAUUAAUGUAGCAUCAUUCAGAAGUUACAUUAUCAGCAGAAAUCAUCAAAUUAUUGUAAAAUUAAAUUAGGUUAGAAAGAAUAGGACUCCUAUGAGAUAGAGAAGUGAUUCAUAAACACUAAUAAUGAAUGUUUGUCUUAACUGAAAAUAAUCAGGAACACUGAAAUUAAAAAUAGAUUAUAUUACAGCCCUGUUUGACAUAAUAAAGCAUAUUUCUGUUGCAUUAAA